AUGGACGGCUUCAAUGAAAAGGACGACAAGGCGGCGGCACCCACUCACCAUGUCCACGAUGCCGACUCCGAUAUGCAAAAGGGCCCUAUCGUGACCGAGGAUGUCCAGGGCUCCGGUGCCCUCACGGCUGCCCUCAAGGCUCACAAGCCCGCCCUUUGGAGCAAGAGCAUGAUCAAACUGUAUUUGAUUAUGGCUAUCGGUUACCUUGUGUCGACGAUGAACGGUUUCGACUCUUCCCUCAUGGGUGCUAUCAACGCCAUGCCGGCCUACCAAAAGACCUUCGGCCUCAGCGGCGCCGGCAGCAGCACUGGAAUUAUCUUCAUCAUCUACAACUGCGGACAAAUCGCUGCCUUCCCAUUCUGUGGUUUCCUUGCCGACGGCUACGGUCGAAGAAUCUGUAUCCUCGUGGGCUGCAUUCUGGUCGUUGUUGGUACCGCCGUUCAGACAACUUCCAACACUCAAGGCCAUUUCAUUGCUGGUCGUUUCGUGCUUGGCUUCGGUGCUAGCAUUGCUUCUGCCGCUGGACCAGCCUAUACUGUCGAGUUGGCUCACCCUGCCUACCGAGGAACCAUGGCUGGAAUGUACAACAACUUCUGGUGGCUAGGAAACAUUUUAGCCGGCUGGACAACCUACGGAACCCUCAAGCAUUUCCCUGACUCGGCGUGGUCUUGGAGAAUCCCUACUUUGACUCAGUGCUUUAUGCCUGCCAUCGUUGGUUGCCUGAUCAUGUUAUUCCCAGAGUCGCCCAGAUGGCUGUUGGCACAUGAUCGUCGUGAGGAGGCCAUCGCCAUCAUGGCAAAGUACCACGGCGAGGGCGAUGCCAACUCUCCCAUCGUGCAACUUCAGAUCAACGAGAUUACCGAGGACUUCUCCGCGACUCGCAACGACAACCCAUGGUGGGACUUCCGCGAGCUGUUCAACACCAAGGCCGCCCGUUACAGACUGUACAUGGUUAUCGCCAUGGCUUUCUUCGGUCAAUGGUCAGGAAACAACGUCGUGUCCUACUUCAUGCCUCAAAUGAUCAAGAACGCCGGCAUCACCAACACCGGCACCCAACUCCUCAUCAACGCCAUCAACCCAAUCUUCUCCAUGAUGGGCGCAAUCUACGGAGCAACUCUCCUCGAUAAGCUCGGACGCCGCAUAAUGCUGUUGGGCGGUCUCGGCGGCGGUCUCUUCGCUUACUGUCUCCUCACCGCGUUCACUGCCGAAUCCGCCAAGAACCCCGACCUGGCCUACGGCACUAUCGUCUCCAUCUUCCUUUUCGGCGUCAUUUUCGCCUGGGGUUGGACUCCUCUCCAAACCCUCUACGCCGUCGAGUGUCUCGAGAACCGCACUCGCGCAAAAGGAUCUGGACUGAACUUCCUCUUCCUCAACGUCGCCAUGGUCGUCAACACUUACGGUAUUUCGGUCGGAAUCGAGAAGAUUGGCUGGAAGCUAUAUCUCGUCUACAUUGUCUGGAUCUGCGUGGAGAUGGCCAUCAUCUACUUCUUCUUCGUGGAGACCAAGGGCCGGACAUUGGAAGAGCUAAGCGAAAUCUUCGAGGCGGAGAACCCGAGAAAGGCGUCGACGAAAAAGAUUCGCGUGGCGAUGGAUGCUGAGACGGGCAAUGUUUUGCAUGUUGAGUGA